ACUGCAGUUUUUUGGGUUACCAAAAAAUCAGCUGUUCUAACCUGCCUUCGUCUUCUUCAUAUGAGCACACCGUGAUUUCCACUUCCAGUUCCGCUCAUAUAAUUCCUUGAAAAUGUUCCGAUCAUCGUUAGUUCGAAAGGCUUGUGUUGCAAAGAUUACUUUGGAAAAUGCAACGAAAACACGAGCUGCAAGGAAACUUUCGACGGUUGUGUUUCAGAAGGAUAUUUCAAGACGUGGAGAAACAUAUGUUGACAAGAGCACUGGGUAUUCAACAGUCUCUAUCAUAACUGGACUCCAUAAAAUAUCAGUAAGAAUGUAUGCCAGUGGUACACUUCCUUCCCAUAAAAGAGUUGAACUGCCCGCAUUGUCUCCUACCAUGGAAUCUGGAACUCUUAUUAGUUGGGAAAAGCAAGAAGGUGACAAACUUAAUGAGGGAGACCUUCUAGCUGAAAUUGAAACCGAUAAGGCCACUAUGGGAUUUGAAACUCCAGAAGAAGGAUACUUGGCUAAAAUUAUGAUCCCUGCUGGCUCCAAAGAUGUUCCAAUUGGAAAAUUGGUUUGCAUCAUUGUUGAAAAGGCUGAAGAUGUAGCAGCUUUCAAAGAUUUCAAAGACGAUGGGGCUGCUGUUGCUGCUCCACCAGCUUCUCAACAACCAGAAAUCAUUACUCCAUCUCAAUCAUCAGUUGCUACAGCUGCUCCAGUACCCUCAUCCACCGCCGCAACUUCUUCUGAGAGGGUAUUUGCGUCCCCAUUGGCUAGAAAAAUGGCUGCCGAGAAAGGAAUUUCAUUGGCAUCUGUAUCUGGUGGUUCAGGAUUCGAAGGAUCGAUCACAGCUAAAGACCUUGAUAAAUUGUCUGUGGCUCCGAAACCCGUUGCUGCAGUUCCACCAACUGCUGCAGCUCCUAUUCAAGCAGUUGCUGGACAAAAAUAUACGGAUCUUCCUGUAACUAAUAUCCGUGGUGUUAUCGCAAAACGUUUACUACAGUCCAAACAAUCUAUCCCUCAUUAUUAUUUGACGGUGGACGUUACCAUGGAUUCAGUACUUUCACUUCGUCAGGAAUUUAAUGCACUACUAGGAAAGGAUGGGGCCAAGCUGAGUGUUAACGAUUUUGUCAUUAAAGCUGCUGCUCUAGCUUGCCGUAAAGUUCCUGAAGUAAAUUCAUCGUGGCAAGAAACUUUCAUUAGACAGUAUGACACGGUGGAUAUUAGUGUAGCCGUGAGCACAGAUCGUGGUCUUAUUACACCUAUCGUCUUUAAUGCUGAGAGAAAAGGUCUCGCUUCUAUCAGUGCUGAUGUACGCACAUUAGCUGGCAAAGCUCGCGAUGGAAAACUUCAGCCCCACGAAUUUCAGGGCGGCACUUUUUCCAUCUCGAACCUUGGAAUGUUUGGAGUUCGAAAUUUCACUGCCAUCAUAAACCCACCCCAGUCAUGCAUUCUGGCAGUUGGAGGAACUGAAAAACGACUGGUAGUUGAUGCAUCCGCUGAGCAAGGUUUCCGUGCUGCCAAUGUCAUGACUGUGACGUUGAGUAGCGACCAUCGUGUUGUGGAUGGUGCAGUCGGCGCCCAGUGGCUGGCUGCUUUCAAGAGUUACCUUGAAAAGCCUAGCACAAUGCUUUUGUAAAAAAAAAUAUCUAGCAAAGCAACCUUCGUGAAUGUAUGUUGUAUCUUAAAAGUAAGGUAGUCUAGUUGAAUUAGGAAAUCUAGUUGAACCUAAGUUGUUUGUUUUAAUAUCAAAUUGGAUUACCAUUUUUCAGAUCUGUACUGUUAUUCUGUUAAAAAACCCUGUGAAUAGUAGGGGACAAAUAAAAAAGUGCUGACGAAA